CAUAGCUGUCGAUGUCUAGUCAAUGCAAAUCAAGGAACAGGAACCUGUCAAAGAAAUAGACCUUGGCCGACCUCUUCUGCCAACAAUACCUACAGACUGGUCUUUCCACCAGAAUCAAAAGGAGAGAAAUUUGUCUUUGUUGUAGGAGACUCUCAUCUAAGGGCUAUUGUGGAUGGAUUUGCUCCUAUUAAAGCAGAUGGUCUUUACUUUGGAUUCUUGGCCGUCCCUGGAGGAGCAGUGUUGGACCUGAGAACCGAGCUCCUCAAUGCGGUCAUCCCACACAUCCCUGAUGUAGUUUGUUUGUUAGCUCCAAGCAACACUUUGAGGAGAAGGACUGUUGUCAGUGAAGCUGGGAAACAGUUUGAAAAGCUCCUAACAACUGUUUGCACACUCUUUACAAAGGUGUUUGUGUUGGAUUUCCCUCCAAGACUUGACGUGGAUCCUCAGGUUCAGUCUCUUCUACGACAAGAAUUCCACAGAGUAUCAGUGCAGUUGGGUGUGUCAUACAAAUCAGUUGCUGAGCUGUUUUCGAUGAGUAAACUGCACCUGUGGAGCAGAGAUGGUGUACACCUUAGUGAUGAUGAUGGGAUGAAGAUCCUAACUAAAGCUAUCUAUGAGACCUCAGAUGAGCAGAUUCCCAAGCCAACUGCUAAGACCAAAGUGACGCCCAUCAUGUCACACUCUCCUCCAGAGUUGCUUUGUACACCUGAUGUUCCAGUUAUGGCCCCACAAAACCCCUUUGAAUGGAAGGUUGUUGGAUCUUACAAGAGGGCUUCUCCAACUUCAAGCCAACAUGAAAGCUGUGCUUCACCAAAGAAAGCACCACGUCUACAGGUGGAAGAAGAAAUGGAGGAGUUUUCUGUGGAGCUGAAUCCAAAGUGGUUGGAUGAUGACAUGCUGGGAAUCUUGGGGGACGGCAACACAUCAACUUUUGAAGAUGCUUCUACUGCACCAUUUCAAAAAACAAAGAGCUGUGACAGAGUAGUGCCUGGUGAGGAAACUGUCUCCAACAACGCGUUGGCUGCACAUGUUAAAGAAGAGUCUCCUGAAGAACAGAGUCCUGAGGGGGAGCAGCAGGAGUCAGAGCCCCUCCACAUAAAGGAGGUACCCGGGGCCCGUCAGGAAGGAGAGCAGCUCCUUGUGAAGGAGGAGACUGAUAGCAGCUUUCCAUUAACUGCACCUCCUAUCAACAGUAAGGAUCGUUUAGUUUGUUUGUGUCCCGUGUGUCAGCUAAUGGCCAAAGCUAACUAAGCUAACUUCAUUAGUGUCCAUCAGAGAAAAUAUUCCCCUCCCUCCACAUGAGCUGAGCAGAUUCUUUUAAGAAAGUAAAGAUGUGACCAGGAGCGGGUUCGGGUUGAAGUUGAAGUGUUGUAAUUCAGCCCAGUAGCCUGGUUAGCAGAGGGUUUUGAUCU